AUGUGUUCAACAGCCAACUGUGUUCUCCCUUUGAGGAGAACCUGUGAGGUAGUGUCGACACCUGGCAGGCUGUGUGGAGGGGUGUCGGUCCAAGCUAACUUCCCUGGGAUCAGGCCUCAUGGGGCUCCACAGGACACAGACAUGGAUGUGGCGUGGCAGGAGUUGAUGGCCAUCACUGAGCUGCAGGAGUUUAGAGUCCCAGGUGAUGGCUCCUAUGAACCAGCUCAGUACCAGAACAUGCAGCUGAUGGCCCCUGCUGGGGAGUAUGGGAUGGUUCAGCCUCAUCCUGAACAUCUCCCUGCUGCUUGUGAACUGAGCGCGGCCAACACUUAUGAAGAAUGUUACUCUGAAGAGAUGCCCGCCUGCCAUCAUGUGGGCAACACAGAAGCCACAUACGGAAACCCUGAGCCUCAUCUGGAUCAACGAAUGUUUCCCAUUUCUUCUCACACGCAGCCGUCUCUCAUGAACAUGUCAGAUUCCAGUCUUGGGCACAGGAGGCCCAGCAGCUGCCUCUCUCAGGGUCUGGGCCGGCACGUGCAGUGGACUGCGCUCGGACAAAGUGCGCCCGUUCACUCCGCUGAUGAUCUGGAGUCUGACUCUGGCCUCUCACUGGGAUCCAGUCCACCUUUGGCUUCCCCUGACAACCCAGUUGGAGGUGCACCAGGUUACAUAGACAUUGGUUCAACAUACAGGGAUUGCGAGUCAGGUGGUAUGACUGAGCAUACCAAUAGGGCUUCUAUCAAUUACCCAAUGGACUAUCAGACCAAAGCCCACUCAUAUUCACACUCAGGUGGACAUUCAUCUUAUUUACCUCAGUCAAGCUUAUUGCUCUCACAACCUUGUGGUAUGACCUCAAGGUCAAUAAAACCAGGUAUAGCAGUGACUUCCUUUUAUGAAGAUAUGACCAGCAGAGGGAGCUCACUGCACUGCAAUAUGUUCCCCAAGCCACAAGUGGGCAUUUCUACUCGUGCUCCUCUGAGCAGGGAUGAAAGGAGGGCCAUGGCUUUGAAGAUCCCCUUCCCCAUGGAAAAGAUCAUCAAUCUACCCGUGGACGACUUCAACGAGCUGCUGACACAGUACACUUUGACGGAAAAACAACUUGCACUGGUUAGAGAUAUUCGACGGAGAGGAAAGAACAAGGUGGCAGCUCAGAACUGCAGGAAGAGGAAGCUGGAGAGCAUAGUUCACCUCGAAAGAGAACUGAACCACCUGCAGGUCCAGCGAGACCACCUAUUACAGGAACGGCACGGGUUCCAGCGUAGCUCGGCUUUUAUGAAAUGCCGCCUGACAGACCUUUACAAGGAAGUAUUUUCUCACUUGCGAGACGAGGACGGACAGCCUUACUCGAAAGAUGAAUAUUCUCUACAACAAACGCCUGAUGGAAGAAUUUAUCUGGUACCUCGUUCAAUGGAGAAGAGUGAUCAGUGCUGA